AUGUGCUGCGCCGGCGCGUCGUCGCCGCCGUCGGGCGGCCCGUCAAAGUGCUGCUACGCCGACACGUCCUUUUGCUGCCCCACAGCCGACUCGGGCUGCUGCAUGAACGACCAGAUGUGCGGGACGAACGGGUGCGAGGGGACCGCCUCGUUCGUCGUGCAGAGCGCCACGACAACGACCACGCUGUACACGACCAACUACACGGCCACCAUCACCACCACCUCCACCGCGUUCAGCACCUUUUUGCAGACGUCCAUGCAGCUCCUGACCACCAACGUGACUAGCGGCGGCGUGGCAACCGCAACGUCGACAGUUUAUGUCAAGUCCACGAGGUACAUCAAACGUGACGUUCCUGAGCUCGCUGCCCCAUCGGCUGCACCCGCCGUCGCCCGAGAUGGCGGCGGAGCACCCGCGAGGCCAGAGCCGUCGGCACCGCCGCCGCCCCUGACCGCCGCCCCGGCAUCCCCCGCAUCUGCAGCCAUCCACGACGGGCUGGCGGCCAUGGGGCUGGUGCGGAAGCGCACCGUCACCUCGGUCGUGUACACCUACUCGUUCGUGUGGGUCGGCGUCCCCGGCGCCACGACCGUCACCAAGCUCGUGGUCCUGCCGGUGACAAGCCUCGUCAACUCGACGUCGACGGUCACAAACACCAUCAUCUCCGACGCCAGCGUCGCCGUCACCGUCACCUCCACCAUCACCGUCGACACCCUGGCCGCCGCCACCGUGGCUCCCGACCCGACCGCGACCACCAACGGGACCAUCCCGGCUGUGGGGGCCGGCGCGGCGGCGACGGGUGCCCCGGGCGGCGACGGGUUCGACAGCGCUUCGCAGGGGACCAGCCCGACCGCGGCCGAUAGUGGACCCGGCAGCAGCAGCGGCGUGAAGGGGAACGGGACGACGGAAAGCGCGCACCCAGCUGCGCCGCCGCCGCCGCCGCCGGGGCUCGGCGCAGCGGCCAAGGCAUGGCAAGUCGAGCAACCGAGACCGAUGCGUGGAGCCCUGCGUGCCAUGAUCGGCGCCGGCGCGGCCGUGGCCGGGCUGGCCUUCCUGGGCCUCGCCCUGAUCCUCAUCCGGCGGCACCGCGCCAACAACAGCCGCUACAGCAGCACCCCGGCCGCCGCGGCGCUGGCGGGCCCGCCCUACGGCACCGGCAGCUCCACGGCCAAGAACGGCGGCAGCUGGAUGCUACCAGUACGGCUCCCGCCGCCGCCGCCGCUCCCUCCCCCUGUCCCGCCGCGACACCCAGCCAACACCCCGGGAGGUUUCCCGGCGUGGCUGACCGAGGCGGCCGCGAGCAGGUCCGCCAUCUCGCUCGGCGGGCUGGCCCGGCACGUCUCCAACGCCGGCGGCGGUCCGCGGCAGUCGUCGGCCGUCUACUCCGUUUCCGACUACGGCGAUGGUGUCGGCGGUGUCGGUGUCGGCGUCGGCCCAUACGACCCCGCCAUGGCGCCGCAGCCGCUGGCCGGGCCGCCGCUGGUGGACGUGGGGCCGAGGAGGUGGACGGUCGAGAUGGACUCGUCGGCCGAGUCGCUCGGCGCAGCCAGCUCCGAGCGCACCUUUGGCGCCGGCCCCGUAUACGACCCGGCCCGCUACAUGGAGGCGGCGGUUCCGGCGGCUGCGGCGGGGAGUGAGACGGGCUGCUCGCGGGAGCUGCGCGAGGCGCCGGGGCAGGCGAGGCCACUGCUUGGGUCGUAUGGGAGGUGAUUGAGUGGUGGGCGGGAUGGGCGGUAUAGGGAAAUUGAAACCUUGGCUCCAAAAGUUGGGGGUUGCUUUGUUUUUGCGAAGGGUUGUUGGUGCGCGUCUGUGCGAUAUCUUGCCGUUUGCACUUUCCUUGUACCUAUAGUCGGACUCUACUGGUUUUUUUAUCCGUAGCAAACCCCAAACAUCUAACUGAUACUAUAUGUAUCCCUAGAAUUGUCG